AUGGAAGAGUCGCAAACCGCAUCAAUAUUAGAACCGGAGGUAAUAUUGCAAACCGUUGCAAUUCAGCCUCGGGAACAUGUCCUGGAAGUUGAUCCAUGGCGAUUUGUCAAAACUUUUACACCAUCGUGGUUCACCAUCAACAUGGGGACCGGUAUCGUGUCAAUUCUGCUCCACAACCUGCCGUUCGAUAAUAGAGGUUUAUAUUGGAUAUCGGUCGUCAUCUUCGCCAUCAAUGUGUUGCUCUUUGUGGCAUUUUCAAUCAUAACGCUUAUUCGGUAUCUCUUAUACCAGGGCCUUUGGACAGCCAUGAUCAGACACCCAGUCGUGCCUCUCUUUUUGGGCGCUAUUCCAAUGGGGCUUGCUACAAUCAUUACAAUGAUUGUACUGGUUUGUGUGCCGGCAUGGGGAUACUGGGCGCUCAUAAUGGCAUGGGUAUUGUGGUGGAUUGACGCCGUCUUGGCUGUGUCCGUUUGCUACUUGGUACCAUUUAUCAUAAUGCAUGUCCACGACUCCAAGUUGCAGGCCAUGACAGCAGUGUGGCUUCUCCCCAUCGCUCCCCCCGUCGUAGCAUCCGCUGCAGGUGGAGUAAUAGCAGAAGCGUUCGCUACAUCGAAUCAGAAAUACGCUCUUUGGACGCUAAUCACGUCCUAUGUUCUCUGGGGCACAGCAAUUCCUCUGUCCAUGACCUGCUUGGUCCUCUAUUUCCAUCGUUUGACGAUGCACAACCUGCCGCCUCGUGAGGUUGUGAUUUCCUCGUUUUUACCGGUUGCCCCCCUAGGUGAAGGCGCCUAUGCUAUUUUCCAGUUUGGAAAAGUGUCUUCUCAAUUGUUCCCAGAGACAAAGACUCUAGGGGCUUUCAGUGAUGGCGCCUCGUCUGGCCAUACUCUAUACGUACUUGGCUGGCUCGUUUGUCUCAUCAUGUGGGCGUAUGGGCUCGCAUGGCUCUUUUUUGCUAUAAUCAGCAUCAUCAAGUACCGCCGCAUUCCAUUCAAUAUUGGCUGGUGGGGAUUGACUUUCCCAAUGGGUGUCUGGACAAGCGCGACAUUGUCGCUUGGCAAUGAGAUGUCUUCUACCUUUUUUAGUUAUUUGGGAACGGCCAUGUCGUGUGUGGUGGCUUUGCUAUGGCUCCUUGUUACUGUUUUCACCCUCCGCGGUGCCUUUACUGGCAGGAUCUUUGUUGCUCCUGAUUUUGAUAACUGGCGCGCAAGUGAAUCCACAACCGACAAGGUAAACUCAAACGUAUAG